AAAAUUUCACAUGCAUCAAAGUUGACUACUUCUAAUGUUUCGCAAGUUUUACACGAUUCAAACAUGUUUACUAUUCAAGCUAAGCAUAACAGAAACUUGAGAAAGCAACAUUUAGAUUCCAGGAAAUUUAAUGCAACGUCUACGAAUUCCAUUGAUGUUGGAAAGGGUAAACGCAAGUUAUCAUCUUCCAGUCAAUUUACAUUUUUUGUCGACCAGAACGAGCAUGUAGGCCCACAUAUUUCUGUGGAUUUUCAAAAAAAACGACUUGCUAACAACACGUCAAAUAUAAUUCGUUCAAGCCCAUUAUCAGACAUAACUAAUGGUGUUACAAAGGGUAAAGAGAAGGUAUCAACAUACACUAAUCUACCAUUAAAAAAUGCUACUCAUGAAGAGAAUAGUUUUCAGCGGACGUCUCUUAGAUUGCAACAAAAAACUAUUCAAAAUAAGAGGCUUAAUACAAAUCAAUCAACUCCAUUAUCAAGCAUCACUAACGUCUAUGCUACUUUUGAUAACAACAUCGCGACACCACCAUCGUUUACUUCCAAUCUGAUUGAAAGAAUCUCUAUUUCUACCGUCAAUAAUGACUCUUUAUUGACCAACCGGCACUCCACUAAGCGGAAGUUCAAUCCCGUUGGUUUGGAUAUUCCUCAAUUUCCUACAGAUGAAUUGAACUCAGAGGAUGAAGAAGUAAUUAAAGGAAUCUCUAAAGAUUACUUGGAUCAUCUUGAUCAGGAUAAUGUAUGUCAAAUAUGUAAAGCUAAAUUAUGGAAAGCUGAAGCUAUUAGAGGUCAAAAAGAUGAAAAAUGUUUUUCUCUUUGUUGCGGUUAUGGAAAAGUUGAGCUUCCUCCGUACAAACAACCUCCUACAAGUUAUUUACAGCUAUUUGUUGGUGGUGAUAAGAAAAGCAAUUACUUCUUAAAGAACAGUCGACGUCUUAAUUCAAUGUUCUCCUUUACCUCGAUGGGUGGCAAGAUUGAUAAAUCAAUUAAUAAAGGAAGGGGCCCAAACAUUUUUAGAAUAAGUGGUCAAAAUUGUCAUUUAAUGGGAAGUUUGCUUCCUCAAGAUGGUUCUAAGCCAAAGUUCUCUCAACUUUACAUCUAUGAUACUGAUAAUGAAAUAUCAAACAGACAGAAUGUUUUCGGUGUUACUUCAAAUAAAUCUCAAGUUGAUGAAGCCAUUGAUGUGGAGCUUAUACAACAAAUUAAAGACAUGCUGGAUUUAGAAAAUCCUUUUGUCAAGAUUUACAGGAUGGCUAAAAAUUGUUUUCAGGAAGACCCUCAUGUGAAUCUUAAGUUACAGCUUAUUGGUAAAAGAGAUAAAGACGGGAGGACAUACAACAUUCCGUCAUGUUCUGAAGUAGCAGCAUUAAUUGUCGGAGACAUUACCGAUUGUGUAGACAGACGUGAUAUUAUUGUUCACACACAAACAGGCAAUCUUAUACGUAUUAGUGAACUGCAUCCGUCUUAUCUUCCUCUUCAGUAUCCUUUGCUUUUUCCUUUUGGAGAUGAUGGUUAUCGCGUUGAUAUCCCACAUCGAGAGUUGCCUCCUGACAAAAAGAAACCCAAGAAGCGUAACUUGUGUACAAUGAGGGAGUUUUUUUCAUACAGAAUUCAAGACAGGGAAGGAUGUUUUUCACUUAUUCAUAAUUCAAGAAGGCUAUUCCAACAGUUCUUAGUGGAUGCUUACACAAUGAUCGAAAGUGAAAGGUUGUUCUUCAUACGUGGCCACCAGAAAAACCUACGUUGUGAAACGUUCGAGAAUCUAAAGAAUGUAAAAAACGGUGGAGGUUUAAACGGCUCAAACGUUGGUACACCUGUGAUAUUGCCCUCAUCUUUUACUGGUGGAGCUAGAUACAUGAUGCAAAACUAUCUAGACGCGAUGUCACUAUGUAAGUGGUUUGGGUACCCAGAUUUUUUUAUAACCAUUACCUGUAAUCCCAAAUGGCCUGAAGUCAAGAGAUUUCUUAAAGACACCACCUUAAAGGCCGAGGAUAGGCCAGACAUAUUAUGCCGAUUGUUUAAAAUUAAACUUGAUGCUUUUGUUAAAGAUUUGAAGGACAAAUCCAUUCUUGGAAAAGUUCUAGCCGUUGUUUACACUGUCGAGUUUCAAAAGCGUGGACUUCCCCACGCUCACGUGUGUUUGUUUAUGCACCCUGAUGACAAGGUUCCUACAGUUGAUAAGAUCGAUCCCGUGAUUUGUGCUGAGAUUCCUGAUGAAAUCGAAGAUCCAGAAUUGUAUUUGCUUGUAAAGGAACACAUGAUGCAUGGACCUUGCGGUGCUGAUAAUUUCAAUUCUCCAUGCAUGAUAGAUGGAAAGUGUUCAAAAAAGUUUCCUAAGAAAUUUUUGGAGCAUACCUCAAUUGACGGUAAUGGUUUUCCAAUGUACAGAAGGCGAGAUUCUGGUAAAGAAAUUUACAAAUAUGAUGUUAGAAAGGACAAUAGGAAUGUGGUUCCAUAUAACAAAACCUUGCUUAAACGAUAUCAAGCACAUAUAAAUGUCGAAUGGUGCAACCAGGCUGGUUCUAUCAAAUAUUUGUUUAAAUACAUAAACAAAGGUCCAGACAGAGCUACCCUUUUGUUGAAACAAGGCAACAACGACGAUCCCCUUAAUGAGGAUACUGAUGAGAUUAAAGAAUAUUACGAUUGUAGAUAUGUAUCUGCAUGCGAAGCGUCUUGGCGUAUCUUUUCUUAUGAUGUUCAUUAUCGGACUCCGUCUGUUAUCAGGCUACCUUUCCAUCUUCCAGGACAACAAAACGUUGUUUAUGGUGCUGAAGAAGAUAUAGACGACGUUUUAAGCAAACCUUCAGUUGCUUCUACUAUGUUUUUAAAGUGGAUGGAAGCUAAUGCAACAUAUCCAGAAGCACAACAUCUAACAUACGUUGAAUUUCCAACAAAAUUUGUAUGGAAGCUUGAAAGAAAAUGUUGGGAACGAAGGGAAAGAGGCUUCUCUAUUGGUAGAAUUCAUGCUGUGUCACCCGCUCUUGGUGAAGCAUACUUUUUAAGGAUUCUUUUGAAUAAAGUUAAAGGCCCAAGAUCAUUUGUUGAGAUUUUGACAGUCAAUAAACAGAUAUGCAAAACUUUUAGGGAAGCAUGUUACAAACGAGGUCUUUUGGAGGAUGACACUGAAUAUAUUGAGGCUAUUCAAGAGGCAAGUCACUCAGGAUCUGGGUAUUUUCUACGGUCUUUGUUUUCGACAAUGUUGCUUAAUGAGACUUUAUCUAGACCUGAAUUUGUUUGGCAAAAAACAUGGCAGUUCCUAUCUGACGACAUUCUCUACAAACAACAAAUGCUACUAAAAAGUCCAGAGUUAUCACUUACCGACAAUCAAAUCAAGAACCUUACACUAUUUGAAAUUGAGAGAAUAUUACUUCGUAAUAACUCAACUUUGAAAAAGUUUCCAGCAAUGCCAUUUCCUGAUUCUGAUUUUGUUUCAAAUUGCAACAAUCGAUUGAUUACCGAAGAGCUAUCUUAUGAUAUCGAUAAUCUGAAGACCGAUGUUGUUACUCUCAUUAGUGCGUUAACAGAUGAGCAAAGACAUGUCUAUGAUAAUAUUAUGACAUCUGUUACACGAAAUAAAGGAGGUGUGUUUUUUGUAUAUGGUUACGGUGGUACUGGAAAAACUUAUUUGUGGAAGACAUUAUCAACAGUACUCAGAUCUAAAGGAAAAAUUGUUUUAAAUGUAGCUUCGAGUGGAAUUGCAUCUUUGUUACUAACCGGAGGCAGGACCGCACAUUCCCGUUUCUCUAUUCCUUUAAAUCUAACCGAAGACUCUAUGUGUUUUAUUAAGCCAAAUAGUGAUGCUGCAGAGCUACUAAAAAAAGCCUCCUUGAUUAUUUGGGACGAAGCUCCAAUGACUCACAAACAUGCCUUUGAAGCCCUAAAUAGAACAAUGAAUGACAUUUUGAUCUCUGGCAAUCAUAGCAGCUCAAACAUCAUGUUUGGAGGUAAGGUCGUUGUUUUUGGUGGAGACUUUAGGCAGAUUCUUCCUGUGGUACAAAAUGGAAGCAGGCAUGACAUUGUUAAUGCGUCAUUAUGUUCUUCUUAUAUUUGGUCAAACGUCAAAGUCUUACGGUUGACAAAGAACAUGAGGUUAUCUUUAGGGAUCGACUCUACAAACAUCAAGGAAACUACUGCUUUUUCAAACUGGCUAUUAGACAUCGGAGAAGGAAAAGUUGGUGAAGCAAAUGAUGGUGAAUCAACUAUUGAUAUACCUGAAGAUCUUUUAAUUGGUGAUUCUUCUGAUCCUAUUAUUGAUUUAAUUAACUUUGUCUAUCCUUCCAUUCUUGAUAGAUUCCAUGAGCCUAACUAUUUUGACGAUAGAGCCAUUUUAGCACCUACAAAUGAGGUUGUUCAAUCUAUCAAUGAUCGCUUGAUGUCUUUGUUUCCUGGCGAUGAAAAGGAGUACUUAAGUUCAGAUUCAAUUUGUCAGUCAGAUCAUGUAAACGAAACUUUUGAUGAAAAGCUCUACUCACCGGAUGUUUUGAAUGGACUUAAACUUUCAGGUGUACCUAAUCAUCAAUUAGUUUUGAAGGUGGGUGUUCCAAUAAUGUUACUUCGAAAUAUUGACCAAAAGAAUGGUUUGUGUAAUGGUACAAGACUACGAGUACUUUAUCUUGGUAAUAGGGUGAUUGAAGCUGAGAUUAUAUCUGGUGCUAAUAUUGGUACAAGAACUUUCAUCCCUCGCCUUAGUCUGUCACCAUCUGAUAAGAAAAUUCCUUUCAAGUUCAAAAGAAGACAGUUUCCGGUUGCUGUUUGUUUUGCAAUGACUAUUAACAAAAGUCAGGGACAAUCAUUAUCCAAGGUUGGAUUGUAUCUCAAAGAUCCUGUUUUCUCACAUGGUCAACUUUAUGUGGCACUAUCAAGGGUUAAAAGUAGAGCCGGUUUAAAGAUGCUGAUAACAGAUAAAGAUGGCCAUGCUACAAAUAAGACCACAAAUGUUGUAUACAAAGAAAUUUUUGGAAAUUUGUAG